AUGAAAAGAAAAACAUACAAAAAAGAAUAUGAAGUUGAAUCUAUAGUAGAUAGGAUAUUUGAUGAAUCAACUAAAGCCAAUCUCUAUUAAAUUAAAUGGAAAGGCUAUCCACAUUCAUAAAAUACUUGGGAACCAAUUGAACACUUAUAAAAUCCACAUGUCAAGAAAAUGGUUAAAGAAUUUGAUUAAGCAUAAGAGGCUAAAUAAUCUAAAAAAAACAUUAAUUUAGAACUUCUUAAGUAAUGCUUAUUAAAGAAACUUACACAAUUUUUAAUCAAAAAUGCGCCUUAAGAAAAUGAUAUACAGGAAAUUAUUUUAAGUGAUUUUAGUGUAUAAUCUAACUAAAGCAAUUACAACUUUAAAAUGUCCAACUUAAAAGAGGAUUCUAAAAAUACCAAUAAGAAACAUAACUAGUAAUACUAAAAUGCUCUAAAUUGUCUAAAUUCCAACUCUUGA